AUGAGAAAUCUGAAGUUACUUCGGACCUUGGAGUUCAGGGAUAUUCAGGCUCCGGGGACACCUCAGUGCUUCUCUUUCCGAACUGAGCGGAGCACAGUGCUCAUUGGCUCAGAACACGGACUGAUAGAAGUGGACCCUGUCACAAGAGAAGUGAGAAACGAAAUUUCUUUAGUGGCAGAAGGCUUUCUCCCAGAGGAUGGAAGUGGCCGCAUUGUUGGUAUUCAGGACUUGCUGGAUCAGGAGUCUGUGUGCCUGGCCACGGCGUCUGGAGAUGUCAUACUGUGCAAUCUCAGCACGCUCCAGCUGGAAUGUGUAGGGAGUGUAGCCAGUGGUAUCGCAGUCAUGAGUUGGAGUCCUGACCAAGAGCUGGUGCUUCUUGCUACAGGUCAACAGACUCUGAUUAUGAUGACAAAAGACUUUGAACCGAUCAUGGAACAUCAGAUCCAUCAGGAUGAUUUUGGUGAAAACAAGUUUAUCACAGUUGGAUGGGGCAGGAAGGAGACCCAGUUCCACGGAUCAGAAGGCAGGCAAGCGGCCUUUCAGGUGCAAAUGAUUGAGUCUGCUUUGCCCUGGGAUGACCAGAAGCCACAAAUCACCUGGCGUGGUGAUGGACAGUUUUUUGCCGUGAGUGUUGUUUGCCCAGAGACAGGGGCUCGGAAGGUCCGAGUGUGGAAUCGUGAGUUUGCUUUACAGUCAACCAGUGAGCCUGUGGCAGGACUGGGCCCAGCUCUGGCCUGGAAGCCCUCGGGCAGUUUGAUUGCAUCCACACAAGAUAAACCCAACCAGCAGGAUGUGGUGUUUUUUGAGAAAAAUGGCCUUCUCCAUGGACAGUUUAUGCUUCCUUUCCUCAAAGACGAGGUGAAGGUAAAUUACCUGCUCUGGAAUGCAGAUUCCACUGUGCUUGCAGUUUGGUCGGAAGACCUUCCGAGGGAAGAAAAUUCUACUCUAAAAGCCUAUGUUCAGCUCUGGACUGUGGGGAACUAUCACUGGUAUCUCAAGCAAAGUCUGAUCUUCAGCGCCUGCGGGAAGAGCAAGAUUGUGUCUCUGAUGUGGGACCCGGUGAGCCCGUACCGGCUGCAUGUUCUCUGUCAGGGCUGGCACUACCUCUGCUAUGACUGGUGCUGGACGACCGACCGGAGCUCGGGGGAUACUUCAAGCGACAUGGCCAACGUGGCCGUCAUCGAUGGAAACAGGGUACUGGUGACAGUCUUCCGGCAGAGUGUAGUUCCACCUCCCAUGUACACCCAUCGAAUGCUGCUUCCAGAGCCUGUGAAUCAAGUCACGUUCUCUUCAUGCCCUGAGAGGAGUAAUGACCUCGCUAUCCUCGAUGCCAGCAACCAGAUUUCUGUCUACAAAUAUGGUGAUAGCUCGACUGUGGAUCCCACGGUGAAACUGGGAGCUGUGGGUGGAAGUGGAUUUAAAGUUUCCGUUGAGACACCUCAUCUGGAAAAGAGAUACAAAAUUCAAUUUGAGAAUGGUGAAGAUCAAGAAGUAAAUCCACUGAAGCUCAGCUUUCUCACCUGGAUCCAAGAAGAUGUCUUCCUGGCUGUACACCACAGUCCGUCCAGCCCACAGUCCGUCAUUUACCGUCUCACCGUGGUCUCUUGUGAGACAGAUGACCAGCAAGGACAGCUCACUAUUAGUUCAUCUGUGACAGUGGAUGGGGACAUAAUCAGCUUAUGUUGUAAUUCCAAGACCAAGACAGUAGCAUUGCAACUAGCUGGUGGUCAGAUACUUAAGUACCUUUGGGAAUCACCUUUUCCAAUUGUUGAACCCUGGAAGAACCCGGGUGGAUUUCCUGUUCAAAUUCCUUAUGAAUGCACACAGACUGAGUUGGCCAUAAUUGGAGGGAAGGAAUAUGUCCUUGGUCUGACUAACAGGUGUCGCUUUUUCAUCAAUGACAGUGAGGUUGCUUCCAAUAUCACAUCAUUUGCAGUAUAUGAUGAGUUUUUGUUGUUAACGACUCAUUCUCACACCUGCCAGUGUUUUUGUCUGAGUGAUGCUUCGUUAAAAACAUUACAGGCAGGUCUGAGCAGCAGUCACGCGUCUAACGGGGAAACACUGCGGAUGGUGGAGAGGGGUUCACGCAUUGUCACUGUUGUGCCCCAGGACACAAAGCUGAUAUUACAGAUGCCAAGGGGAAACUUAGAAGUUGUUCAUCAUCGAGCCCUGGUUUUAGCUCAGAUUCGGAAGUGGUUGGACAAGCUUAUGUUUAAAGAAGCAUUUGAAUGCAUGAGAAAACUGAGAAUUAAUCUCAACCUGAUUUAUGAUCAUAACCCUAAGGUGUUUCUUGAAAAUGUGGAGUCCUUCAUAAAGCAGAUAGAUUCUGUAAAUCACAUUAAUUUGUUUUUCACAGAAUUGAAGGAAGAAGAUGUCACAACUACCAUGUACCCUCCACCAGUUCCCGACACUGUCCCACAGUCCAAGGGUCUCGAGGGGAGUAAAGUGGACCUUAUCUGCGAUGCCAUGCGAGCUGCCAUGGAGAGCAUAGACCCUGACAAGUACUGCCUGUCCAUCCUCACCUCUCAUGUGAAGAAAACAACCCCAGAACUGGAAGUUGUGCUGCAGAAGGUACACGAGCUUCAAGGAAGUGCUACCCCUGUUCCUGAUGGUGUGAGUGCUGAAGAGGCCCUCAAGUAUUUGCUGCUGCUGGUGGAUGUGAAUGAAUUAUAUGAUCAUUCUCUUGGGACCUAUGACUUUGAUUUGGUCCUCAUGGUAGCUGAGAAGUCACAGAAGGAUCCAAAAGAAUAUCUCCCAUUUCUUAAUACACUUAAGAAAAUGGAAACUAAUUAUCAGCGGUUCACCAUUGACAAAUACCUGAAACGGUAUGAAAAAGCCAUUGGCCACCUCAGCAAAUGUGGACCCGAGCACUUCCCAGAAUGCUUAAACUUAAUAAAGGAUAAGAACCUGUAUAAUGAGGCUCUGAAGUUAUAUCCACCAGACUCGCAGCAGCACAAGGAUAUCAGCAUUGCUUACGGGGAACACCUGACGCAGGAGCUCCUCUAUGAGGCGGGGGGGCUAGUGUUUGCCCGCUGUGGUGCCCACCAAAAAGCUCUUGAUGCCUUUGUGGCUGCUGGCAGCUGGCAGCAGGCUCUCUGUGUGGCGGCCCAGCUUCAGCUGAGCAAAGAGCAGCUGGCUGCCCUCGGCAGAGCUCUUGCAGGAAAGCUAGUUGAGCAGAGUAAGCACAGUGAGGCGGCCACAGUUUUGGAACAGUACGCUCAGGAUUAUGAAGAAGCUGUGCUCUUGCUGUUAGAAGGAGCUGCCUGGGAAGAUGCUCUGAGACUGGUUUACAAGUAUAACAGGCUGGAUAUUAUAGAAACCAACGUAAAGCCUUCCAUUUUAGAAGCCCAGAAAAACUACAUGGCUUUUUUAGACUCUCAGACAGCCACUUUCAGUCACCAUAAAAAACGUUUACUGGUGGUUCGAGAGCUCAAGGAGCAAGCGCAGCGUGUCUAUCUGGAUGAUGAGGCGUCCCGCGGUCAACAGUCUGACCUCUACUCUGAAACUAGCAGUGUCAUGAACGGCAGUGACAUGAGUGGCAGAUAUUCCCACAGCAACUCCAGGAUAUCAGCGCGGUCAUCGAAGAAUCGCCGUAAGGCAGAGCGGAAGAAGCACAGCCUCAAAGAAGGAAACCCCCUGGAGGAGCUGGCCCUUUUGGAGGCUUUGAAUGAAGUGGUGCAGGGCAUUGAAAAAUUGAAAGACGAAAUACACUGCAUUUUAAAGGUGCUCUUUCUCUUCGAGUUCGAUGAGCAAGGAAGAGAAUUGCAGAAUGCCUUCGAAGAUACGCUGAAGCUAAUGGAGAAGUCCCUUCCAGAAAUUUGGACUCUCAGCCACCAGCACUCAGUUACGCCUGUUCUGGGACCCAAUUCUACUUCCAACAGUAUCAUGGCUUCUUAUCAACAACAGAAGACUUCAGCUCCUGUUCUUGAUGCGGAGUUUUUGAUACCGCCGAUGAUCAACAAAAGAACCCAGUGGAAGCUGAGCCUGUUGGAGUGA